AUGUCCACUCUCUCGGCGACGCACGGCAUUAUGCAGGCCAUCUUCUCGAAUCUGUUCGUGACACUCCCCGUACCGGAAAAGACCCCCGGUCUGUCUGAAAAGACAUUCAUCGUCACGGGCGCCAACCAGGGCCUCGGCCUCGAGGCCUGCAAGCACCUCCUGCGCAUCGGUGUCGGCAGGCUGAUUAUGGGCGUGCGGAGUCUCGACAAGGGCGAAGCUGCGCGGAAGGAGCUGCUGGCCGAGUCGGGGCGCGCGCCCGAGACGAUCGAGGUGUGGCAGGUGGACAUGGCGUCGUAUGCGUCGGUCGAGGCCUUUGCCACGCGCGCCAACGGCCUCGCUCGCCUCGACGGCGUCUUGGCCAACGCCGGCAUGAUGACCACCACGUUCCGGCGCGCCGAGGACGGCGAGGCGACCAUUGUCGUCAACGUCGUGGCGACCUACCUGUUGCUGGUCCUCCUGCUCCCCAAGCUGCGCGCAUCGCCGGCCGGCCGAGCCACGUUUACCGUCCCCAACUCGUCGCUGCACUACAUGGCCUCGACCAGGGAGAUUGUCCCGCUCUCCGUAAAAAAUGACGGCAAGACCAUCUUUGAGCGGCUCGCCGACAAGUCCACGUCGGACAUGAAGGACCGCUACAACGUCAGCAAGCUCUUGGUCGUGUUUGCCACCCGCGCAUUCGAUGCCCACCUCCAACAGCGGUCGGGCCUCCAGGGCGGCGGCCGCGUCAUCGUCAACACGCCCAACCCGAGCUACUGCAAGUCCCAGCUGCUGCGCGACACCGACCAGACCCCGCCGCCCGACUGGAUGGCCCGCACGCCCGAGAUGGGCAGCCGCGCCCUCGUGCACGGCCUGCUCGCCGGGCCCGAGACCAGCGGCCAGUUUCUCAACAACUGCCACGUGCUGGCACCGGCCUCGUUCGUGACCAACAAGACGGGCGCCAAGAUCGUGGCCGCCUUUUACGAGGAGCUCAUCCAGAAGCUGGACAGUAUUGUGCCGGGCGUCUCCAAGAAUAUUUAG